AUGUCUCAGGUCGCUGAAAUCCAAUACUACCACCACGGGCGUUUCCGUGUUGCAGGUGGUGUGCUGCCUGAUGCCAUCACUGCAUACCAGACAUUCGGCGACCCAAAGAAUCCCGUUAUCGUGUUUCCUACGUGUUAUGGAGGAAAGCUUGACAGUCAAAGCUACAUGGUUUUGGAUCCACGUAAAUACUAUGUAGUGACCUUUGCCUUAUUUUCCAAUGGAGAGUCUUCUUCACCCUCUAACACACCUGCGCCAUACAACGGUCCCUACUUCCCUACAAUCACAUACGAAGACAAUGUCCGGGCACAGUACACUGUGCUCACCCAGAAGCUUGGUGUCAAGAAGGUGUUCUGCGUGAUUGGAUUUUCAAUGGGCGCACAGCAGGUAAACAUGUUCGUAGAGAGUAGCGAUGGUUUUGCUGAAGCAUUGCAGGCAUACUAUUGCCCUCACAAUCAAUGCUUCCUAGAAGGUCCUAAAGCCGCUCUUUCAGCCUCAAAAGACUUCCGAGAUGGCCACUACAAGAGCACUCCUCAGCACGGUAUCCGGGCAUUUGGCCGUGCAUACAGCGCAUGGGCAUAUAGCCAGGCGUGGUUUGCCAAGAAAGGUUAUCUCUUCGAUGGAAAAUACACGAACCUCAACGACUUCUUAAGAGAGGACUGGGAAGGCGGUUUUCUAGAAGGGUGGGACGCCAACGAUUUAUUGACACUCUUGAAAACAUGGCAGAUUGGGGAUGUUUCUCUCGUCCGUGGCGAAAGUUACCUCGCGGACUGUCUAGGAGCGAUCAAGGCCAGAGGUCUGAUCAUGCCUUGUAAGAAAGACCUGUACUUUCCUCCGGAGGACAGUCAGAAUGAGAUGAAAUUCUUGAAUAACGCAAAGCUAGUCAUUAUCGAUUCUGAGUGGGGCCAUAUGGCUGGAGGGGGGUCAAAUGUUCGUGAUGAUGAGUUCAUCCAAGCAGAGUAUUACCACCACGGCCGCUUCAAAGUAGCAGGAGGAAUACUCCCCGAUGCCGUGACCGCAUACCGGACAUACGGAGACCCAAGCAACGACAGAGUGAUUGUUUUCCCGACAUGUUAUGGGGCAAAACUCGCCCUUGGGAGUCAAGACUAUCUCGUUGGGGAAGGCAAGGCCCUUGACCCAAAUAAAUACUUCGUGGUGACAUUCGCGCUUUUCUGUAAUGGAGAGUCGUCUUCUCCUUCUAACACGCCUGCACCUUAUGGUGGCCCGUACUUCCCAUUCGUUUCUUACGAAGAUAACAUUCGUGCUCAGCACGCAGUUUUGACAAAGCACCUUGGAGUGCGCAAGGUCUUCUGCGUGGUUGGAUUCUCUAUGGGCGGACAACAGGCGUAUCACUGGCCAGUCGUCUUCCCUGACUUCGUAGAGCGAUUUGUUUCUAUAUGUUCGUCUGCUCGCACAAGUCCCCAUAACCAAUGCUUCCUGGAAGGGCCCAAAGCAGCGAUGUUAGCAAGCAAAGAUUUUGCCGACGGUCAUUAUCAGAGCACUCCUCACCAUGGAAUCCGUGCUUUUGGUCGAGUUUACAGCGCGUGGGCCUAUGGGCAAACUUGGUUCCGGGAGUACAAGUACUUGAUGGACGGAGAGUACCCGGACUUGAACUCGUUCCUCAGGGAGCGAUGGGAAGGAGGAUAUGUCAAUAACUGGGAUGCAAAUGACAUGAUCGCACUUCUGAACACAUGGCAGAAGGGAGACAUUUCCAUCGUUCGUGAUGGCGGAGACUAUGAGAAGGCUCUGAAGAGCAUCAAAGCAAAGGGACUUAUUAUGCCUUCGAAGACGGAUCUUUACUUUCCGCCGGAGGAUAGCGAAACGGAAGUGUCGCACCUCAGAGAUGCUAAAUUGCAUGUGAUUCCAUCGAUCUGGGGUCAUGUUGCAGGGGGUAGUGCUAACCCGCCAGAUGUCGCCUUCAUAACAGAGAAGAUCACGGAGUUUUUGCAAGUGCCUUGA